GGGGCGUUUGUCGUAAAAAAGGGCCUAAAAAUAAUUGUUUUACACAAGGGAACAACGGGUGGGAAGAACAAGAAGGGAAUGGGAGGCGGUUUUUUUUGUGUUGGAGUGUGUUGUUGUUGUGUGUGUGCCGCGCGUUUUUUGGCCCUGGAGAGAAACCUCAUUUUGUAAAAUGUCGCAAACUGGGGGACAAAGGAUGGGAUAUUCGUCAUGGUGGUCGGGAUGAUGAUGCAUGAAAUUGAGGGUUCCUUUGAUUUUUUUCCUUUUUUUGACCCGUCGGCCCUCCAUGGACUCUAGCCUUAUUUUAGAUACUCAAUAUUAUCCCACUUUUAAAGAGCAGUUCUCCUCCCCUCCGUGGAAUUUAUUAUAAAAGAUCCUUUUUUUUUUUCCUUGGCUGUGGGUUUCUGCAGUUCUGCCACAAGAUCUAAAAAGGAAGACGCUUUCUUGCAUCGCCGCCCCUUUCAAUAACCAUCCAGACACACACACAUCUGCAUCUGCAAAAAACAUUCAAGAAGCACGCAUACCCACAAUCCACGAAAACUUAGAUCCUUUCCAAUACGAUGCGACUAGACGACAACUUGCUGUCAUCGUCGGGCUUUUCAUACCUGUCCCUCGACCAUGGCUUGCCUCUCUCGGCAGAUUCAUACCCGUCAGCAAAUGUCGUGGCUUCAACACCCACGUACGCUACGCCAGCCGUGUAUGUUGCUUCUGAGAGUAGAUCAUUGGAAGACAGCGUCUACUGCGACCAUCCAUACACGUUCCUAGAUCAUCACCCGCGAGCGGAAUCCUCGGAAUCGGACUUGUCUGAUUUUGAAUCAGACCUUUUUUUGAAUCCGGCUGGCCUCUUUGGUUCGUCGUCAUCGUCGGGCACAUCGAGUCAAUUACACAUGAGGACAAGCCCUGCACCGUCUUAUACCGGAUCUGACGGAAGCGCGAGUCCGCUUGUAGGCGGUAUCUCUCCGUGCUCAACGUCAUCGUCGUUGGCUGCGUGGGAAAAGACACUUGGCGCAAAUCGCCCGGUAUGGGAAGAUGACGGUUUCUUUCAGGACGAUGGUGGGCAUCGCUUGGGUGCCUGGCUGGGAAAUGAUCAUCCAACCUACUACUCUGGCGAAUCAGCCAUGGGCCCACCCAAGAUGGAUCAUGGUUUGAGCGAGUAUGGCAAGAUGGACCGAGGACAUCAUCAUAUACCUUAUUCGGUGCCCGCACCUCAGCCGACACCACACUUGAGUCAAUCGCACUUGUCGCAGCAGCACCAGCGCCAGCCGCCGCCGCAGCAGCAACAACACCUCCACCACCACCAACAUCACCCACAGCAAAACCCUGGCAGAUCCUCCGGGUUGGGAUAUCCUGCGAGUGACGAGCGGUACUAUCAUCCUCACGCAUACGGUCACCAGGAACACCAGCAACAUCAGCAGCAGCAGCCAGUGCGUCAUCAACCACACCAAAUGCUCUCAGUCUCGCCGUAUCGACCGCCGUCUCGGCCUCUUCCCUCUCAAACUGCGCAUCGCCACCAUCAUACCCCGUCCAUCUCGCCUUCAUCGUCGUCAUCAUCGGCGUCAUCAUCGGCGUCAUCGCUUGCAAGCACGACAAAUACAUCAUCGUCUGCAACACCGCAACUCCACAAUACAUACCCAUACCUCCCUCCUCUUCCCCACCAUCGCCACCAACCGCCCGAACCACAGCACCGCAAUGAGCAACCGCCGCGUGAACGUCGCUUUGAAUGCGCACAGUGCCUUAAACGCUUUCUACGCCGACAGGACCUUAAUAGGCACUCUGCGACGCACUUGAAUGGCUUCAAGCCUUUUCGGUGCGAUUACUGCGGUACGGGGUUCACCAGACAGGAUGCCUUACAUCGUCAUGGUAAGGCAAAGAGAUGUUUGUCCAAGCGGCGGUCGGCUAGUGAUGAACGGUAGAGAUCUGUUCCCUCUUUUUUGUGUAUAGACUUGCUGACAAAGACUGUGAAAAACGUUGCUGGAAUUUCGUUUUCCUCUUUCUGUUUGUUGGAAAUGGUUUCUUGUUCUACUUUAUUUUUUUUGGUCCGAAUAUAGACUGUUCAUACUUUCCUUCUUGUCUUUUGCAUAUUUCCUCCCUUUUUUGGUGGAUGGAGUUUUCUUCCUUGUGUACUAGACAAAUGCUUUGCACUGUUAAAGUUCAAAAACUAUAGAAGUUAUAAUAUAUUGACAGGUCCUUUACUAGU